AUGCCUCCUGCAAACAGAUCCGCCAGUUCAAGCUCUCGCCCAGAGUUUGGCAGCUCGGUCGAGCUAUCUCUUUCUACCUUCAUUGAUGAGUCGUCGACCAUCGGUAGAACUCUCGCUGUCCAGUUAAUUGUUACGUUCAACAAAAUCAAGAAGGACAUGGAAAGAUCGCUUGCUCGCGAGUUGGCCGAGUUCUUGCCCAAGGCGUGGGAGCAGUUCGUCAGCUCAAACCUCAAAGGGCCGCCGACUGAGCACGAUUACUACAAGCGGAUGCAGGGAAUCGAACGCAGCCAAAAGGAGCUGUACUACCCUUAUUGGUUCUUCCUGGCUGCGGCCUUCGGUGUGUACCACCCGACCCUGGCACCAAUCCGCAAGGACAUGGAGGCCCUCUGGGGAGUCCAGUUCCCGGAUAACUACAUCCACUGGCCCCCUGGCAUACCCACCGAGCGCCAGAAAGCACUUUUCCACGGAGGGCCAGAGAAUCCUACACCUCUUUGCAAGAUUCAACGUCGGGCCCAGGGCUUCAAAGCAGCCAUCCAAGAUGCUGGCAGACCAUCCGUCAUCGAAGCUGUCACACAGUACGCUCCAGCCCUGCUCAACCAAGCUGUGUCUACCGGCGAUGUAGAGUCUCUCCAUCGAAAGCUCAAGGACACUCAGGAACAGCUACAGAAGACGCAAGCGCAACUUCAGGAAACUCAAAAGCGGCUCCGGGAGACCAGCGGGGAACUUGAAAAGACUCGAAAGAAGCUCAAGACCGACAUUGAGACCUCCAACAAGGAACUCGCCGCGACCAAUCUCCGGGUGGACAAAGUUGUGGAUACCUGCGCCUUGGUUCUGAGCAUCCUGGCCCCUCCUGGAGGUGAGAAGUGA